AAAAAAACAGAAAGAAAACAAAAAAAAAAAAAAGAGAAUGAGAGGUGGAAAGCAUGAGAGUGAGAGGGAGAGAGUUACCUCUCCCUAUUUCGAUAAACCCUCCAAUCCAGCAGAAAGGGUUACCUUCCGUCACUUUGAAAAACCCUCUCCUAAGAAGCAGACGAAGAAGGUAACCUCUCCUUACUUUAAGAAACCUGAUGAGGUUAAGGAAAAGGAAUCGGUCAUUGCAUUCGCAUCCCUCCUUGAAAAGUUUCGUUACAACCCUAGCACCACUAACCUCGUCCGUUCCAUUUUCCGCAAGACAAUCAAUCUGGUUCCUGCUCCUUGUCAACAAGGAACGGAAGAUGCGACUGUAUCACGAAGGUUUUUCCAUGGAAGUCACCUUUUUACCCCCUCUAUGGCUAGACAACAAGGGAAGAAUGUAUGCCGUCAUCUUCCUGAAGGUCACCAUCCAUUGAAGAGGAAGAGAACAAUCUGCAAGAAAAACGAUGAAGAGGAAGUUGUCAAUCCAUCAAAGAAGAAAAAGAGUUCGAGUGGGAGGAAGAGUGUUGUCCUGACUGCCCAGCAGAAGCGUGAUGUUGCAUAUAUGAGGAAGAGUGCUGAUGACAUAACAUGGGAACCUCCCCGCUCUAUUCACUCUCUCCUCCAAGAGGACCAUGCUCAUGAUCCUUGGCGUGUUUUGGUCAUUUGCAUGCUUUUGAAUUGCACCACUGGCAAUCAGGUGAGACAAGUGCUGACGGAUUUCUUCAAACUGCUUCCAGAUGCCAAGACAGCAACGAAUGUUGCUGAAGAGGACAUAAAGAAGGUUAUCAAGUCUUUAGGAUUGCAAAACAAAAGGACUGGAAUGAUUCAGCGCUUCUCCAAGGAAUAUUUGGAUGACUUCUGGACCCAUGUGACGCAGUUGCAUGGCGUUGGCAAGUAUGCGGCUGAUGCUUACGCGAUAUUUUGUACUGGGAAGUGGGAUCGGGUACAACCAGUGGACCAUAUGCUAGAGAAAUACUGGGAUUUCCUUGGUGGUGGUGUUGGUUAUGAGGAAGCAUUUGCUGAAGGUGGGAAACAGGAGGUGGUGGUUUAAAAAAGGACCUGGAACAAAAGGAGUAUAUAUAUAUAUAUAUUUUGGGGUGGUAGGACCAUGUCUUAGAACAAGGAAAAGUUUUUUGGGACCGUGCAUGUGAAUGCUUUAGUUAUGUGGCUUUUUGUACGUAAUGUUUUAAGAUGUUUUUUUUUUGGAUAUACAGUUUAAUAUUGUCAGUGAUACUCAAAUAUAAAGUUUAAUGUUAAUAUCUCUCCUUCACCUUUUGGGCCCUAGA